CUUCAGAAUUACCAUUGACAGCCGAAGCGCAACUUUUCCCCAGGCAAAGUGAAAUCAAGCCGCGGACUCGGACAAAAUAUAGUCCUCGUUUUUCAACUUAAAUUUAUCGAAAGAAAAGCGAACCCGCUUCCCGGUCGGACCCGUCGACGUUCGGCCGUCAUCUGGAGAGGACCCGUCCGGGGCCGGAGCUCUUUCUGCCGGGUUUGGAGCACUUUUUGAGACGGGCGGAAAGUGGGUGAUGAGUCCUAGCCUGGAAAAGAAGCGAGAACUUGCUUUGCAGCCUGAGUAGUUCUUCUUUCAAUUGUUAUUGUCGCUUUAAAAAAUCUUUAAUUCACUUAAACUUCGUCUCGGUCGCGUCGAAAGUGGGAGAAAAGUGUUUUUCUGGUCGGAACAUGGAACUACAAGGCCUGCAAGAGGCGUUGAAAGUAGAAAUCCAAUGUCAUCAGGAUGGAGAGCUUAAGAGACAGCUACACGACAGGCAAACAAGAAUAACAGCCCUGAGCGAUAAACAAUUGCAGAAUCAGACGUUGUGCAAAGGCCUCAACGAACUUCAGAACGGACAGAAGCUGGCAGUCAGAAGUUGUCCUGUAGGGACGACGAAGCCGCUGUCUCUCAUCAAGCCUCCCAGCCAGGGCAUCGCCAUCUCCGUGGUGCCGGCCAAGGCUCCCGUUUCCAUGGUGACGGCACAUAUUAACGGACAGAAGGCGGCGAGCUCGGAGCCGCUGCAGACGUCCCCCAUCAACCUCCAGACGGGCGGCAGGGUGGCGGCGGCUGGAGUCCACCCGUUCAGCAGCAGGAGAGCCGGAGAGCUGCCUCCUUCUCAGAUGCUGGGAACUCUCACUGCUGUCCCCAUCAAGGUGCCUCAAGUCAGCUCGCUGCACCGGCUGGCAGGACAAGCAGCCACCGUGCUACCUCAGGUCAGGCCAAAGACCCAGAUCCCCGACAGCCUCCCCCACAGUCCGUGUCAGGAGCUGCAGCCUCUCAGCCUGCAGAGGGCCACAGCUGUGGUCAGUCCCAAGAGCCAGGGCCCCACCCUGCCCACCGCCAACAGCACCUUCAGCCCCGACCACCAGCCCAACGGCCAGAGCGACGCCUCGCCGCCCUCCGCCCCGUCGCACGGCCUGUCGGGAGGCCCAGACUCCGGUGGCCCCGGCCAGCACGCCUCCGCGGGUCCCGGCGUGGCGUACGCCAUCAUCGCCGCCUCGCCAGCCACUGGGAACGGGGUGUCCGCCGUCAGCGAGGCCGUCAAGGUGCAGCCACUGCUCUUCAGCCCUGAUAACAAGGUGAUAAUAAUCCAGCCUCAGGCCCCGAGCAGCACCGACGGGUCCCCGGGGGCCCAGGCUGACCUCCCGUCUCAGGAGGCCCCACCAGCCCCGAAGUCCCCGAAGUCCCCGAAGUCUCCGUCCCAGAAGACUGACGAGGACCCCGAGAAAAUCGCCUUCAUGGUGGCCCUGGGCCUCGUCACCACAGAACAUCUGGAAGAAAUCCAGACGAAGCGGCAGGAGAGGAAGAGACGAAGCACAGCGAACCCGGCCUACAGCGGCCUGUUCGAACCCGAGCGUAAACGACUGGCGUCACAUUACCUGAACAGCUCACUCUUCCUGUCAGCACGAGACACUGAGGAUUUCUGCUGGAAGGAGGACGUGGAGCAUGACGAGCACUGUGCCGUCUGUAAGGAGGACGGAGAGCUGCAGCCCUGCCACAACUGCCCCAGAGCCUUCCACCCCAACUGCCUGCACCCGCCUCUCAAGACCCCCCCCAGAGGACCCUGGUACUGCCCCAAGUGCCAGAAGAAGGUGCUGAACAAAGAAAACCUGUCGUGGCCACAGAACUUCGUUCAGUCCUACGUCACACACAAGACAGUGAGGCAGGAGGAGAAGCGACGGCUGCUGAGACGAAACAACGAGCUGAAGAACGAGUGUGCUCACCUGGAGGAACAAGAGAAGAAGAUCAACAACACACUGCAGCAAUGCAUGGACCUGAGGGAGCGGCUGCUGGGGCAGCAGAGAGACACUCAGGCGUCGCUCGAGCGCCUCAAAGCUCUGAUCAGGCUGAUUCAACGCGACCAGCUCAUCCAGGUCACCAUGACCGCCUCCCUGCUCUCCCAGUCCUGGAUCAAACCCACCAGCGCCGCCAUCGCGGCCGCCACCGCCGCCAUCCCGGGCCCCUCGGCCACGCCCCUGCAGAAGAGCCACGCCCACAGCCAGGAUGACGCCAACAACUAGCCGUCGAGGGCGCUGAUGAUUUCUUUUUGUCUGAAUAAUAUCUAACCACGAUUUCUCCACCAAAGGGAGAAAGCAGAGCCUCUAUCCUCCACUCGAUUCAAGUAUUUUUUAAAACCCAACACCUACAGUGCUUACGAGAUUUCUUUUUUUAAGUUCUUUUCUAUUUAUUAAUGUUCUUGGCCUUAAUGUAUUUAUUACAAAAAGUUAGACGACAGCUGCCGCAGAGACUCGACGGGAGUUUCUGCGCGCGGUCCAAAAGAUAUUUCCCUUUUUUAAACACAGGUAUAAUAAUUGUUCUGCGUAUAGCGAGAGAGAACAGUAGAGUUAGUGGUAGUGAGACACGGAGCGUCGCGGAGAGACGGACUGUACAGCGAUGAUAUAUCUGAGUAGAUGUUUGUUCUCAUUCUCCUAUGAACAAUGUUUUUGCCAUAAUAAUUCAGGAAAAUGUUUUCAUCGUGUAUGUAAACGCAUACGAGCCUUCAAACAAAAACAGAGAAUAACUUUUUUUCAGUAUUAAUAGAGUUAAAGUCAAAGAAAAAAGUAUUUAAGAUAAAACUACAGAAAUUAGCAUUUCUAGUGGAGAUUUUAGUAUUUUCAUGCUGAUGCCUGUUGAUAAAUGUAAGUUUGGAGUAUUCAAGGGGAUCACUGUACAUAUGUUGUAUUAUUAUGAUUAUUAUCAUGAUCGCAGGUUUCUUUUUGUUUUUUUACUGAAGUCACACAUCUGAGAGCGACGACGUCUCGACAGUCAGCUGAUCGUUUCUGUUCACAGCAACACAAACGAGAACGCGACAGUCAGACGAACUGUUUCCACCUCGACACCACGCAGCUCGCUGUGACCAGAGACUAGAGCCGCCAUCUUUCUGUCUCUGCAGCCACCAGACUCCUUUGAAGAAAGCAGGAAUUUUACCUGGUAGAACAGCAGAGUGUCUCGUCCUCCGCCUCCUCGAUUAGUGAGUCUGUUUGUGUUAUUGUGCGACUCCAGUGUUGUAAAGUCUUAGUUCAGAUCCACUGACGUGUCACAAUAACACACUAACAUUCGAGGCAACGUGGAUGAGACACUUCUGCUGUUCUACCAGGUAAAAUUACUGCUUUUUUCAAGGGAGUCUGGUGGCUUUGAAGAGAGCAGUACAGCUUCAGGUGAAGGUGAAGGUGUGCUGGCUAACAUAAUAUCAGCUGCGAGGACUGAAGUUUCUGUUUCUGCAUCUCAGAGAGAACAAAGUCGUCGUUCUCGUUUGUGUUUGAGCUGGUCAGAAGUCGAGCGGCUGGAUCUGCAGGCGGGAGCGAAGUUUGUUCACCUGCACUCAAACGCAACACGCCAGUCGAUGUGUGAUGGUCCGUUCAGUCCCUGUUCCUCUUCAGCCAGUAUCGAAAAUAUGCCAAAAACUUUUCUUUGUUUUUGUACUGGGAUCAUCUCUCAAUAAUGUCUAUAGCGCUUUUUUGUUUUUUCUCUCCCUGCCUAUUUUAUAUUUUCGCUUUUGGAGCUUUUUUUACUCUCGUGUUUUAUGAACGUUUUAACAGUGACGAGCCUGUUAGUCUGACAGAUGAACACUGCCUCAAGUACAAAUCCUUUCAAAUCCAGGGUUUUCGUCUUUGUUGCGUCAUUUUAUAGACACCAGUCAAUCAGAAACGGGACGGCCGUCAAACUGCAACAACACCGUUUGACCGCCGGCGGACCGGCGGGGCGCAGACGGCGUCCUCCCGGUUUAACGUCACCACAGUGGAAACCAGGAGGGCGCUGCUGGUCCUGCUCGGCUCCUGUUGUCUCACUAGUCUUCCUGCUGGUCCAGAAAGGUUCAGUUUAAGUGUUACGACAUUAGAUUUAGUCCAUUUGUUAUUUCUGAUCAUACUGUAUCACCACAGUCGCGGUGCAGCUUUCUGCCACCUGAUGCACAAACAUGAACAAAUAAUCCAGAGAGGAAAAAAAAAAAAAAAAGCCUUUUAUCAGAAGAGAAACACGAGGGAGAAGUGAGAGGAGGCGGAUUUAUUUUAGUCUGAAUCAUAUCCAGGUCGCCUGUUCGAUGAUCAUCGUCUGUUCGGCACAAAACUCAGAUACGUCGAGUUCCAGUCAGACGGACUCGAACUAAACGGUCACAUCAGCGUUAAUAUCAAGGAAUAAAACACGUUUCUGUUCUCUUCACUGUUGUGUGACUGAGAAAAGAAGUGAGUCAACAUGAUUAACAGUAAACUGAGAACAGUCGCGUCGCUGCUGCUCGCCACAUAUUUCAUAUUUACUUCUAAUGCGCUUUAUCAGAGUUCAGAGCCGGUCGGCGUCUGUUCAACAAUAUCUAAUUCAUUAACUAAAGAAAACUAAAAAUGAGUCAAUGUGCCUUUAAAUCUACCAAAAUUCAUCAGAUGUGACAUAAACUGAAAUCUGUGUUUGUUAUCUGUUUUCUUUCCUCUUGGAAGAAAUAACAGAAUGAUUAACUAAUUUAUUUCUAACGGGAACCAAAAAUAUUCAGGAAAUGCAAAAUUAAAAUUCUGGUGAAACCCGUCGAGUCGAGCAAAAUGUAAUUAAUAUUUAAAUGUUCUCAUUUCUGUAUUAACUCUCAAAAUACAAAGAAAUUAAAUAAAUUCCAAAAUAAGAUCAUUUAAUAGGAAAGUUAAAAUAAAACGUGUUUUAGAUACAAAGAUAAACAAAUAAAAUAAAUGUAAAUUUGUCACAUUCAGAGUUAAUUACAUGUUUCAGGUCUUUUGGUGGAUUUAAAGGCACCUCGUGUGUUUCCUGCCUCUGUGUUCAGACAGGUGUGAUAUGAAACACAGUGACGUCAGCAGACACGUGUUCACAUUUACCCGACUUGCCUUUUAAAACGAAUAAAAUCAUGAUCAGAGUGGAGAACGAGCCACGUGAUGCAUAUCCCGUCUCACCGCGAGCCGCCGGACGGACGGAACCACAUCAGCUCCGUCCCGAACAGAAACCCUCCCCAGAACAAUCCUCUCCAUCCGUUUCUAGAGAUCUUCUCCGGGAGAAACUGUGCAGUGCUUAAACAGAUCUAUUUUAAUACACGACACAACAUUUGAACAAAUAAGAAGAAAAAAAAAGAACAUUUUUAUAUUCUUUUAUCAAGGAGCAAAAAAAAAAGAAGAAGAGAACAUUUGGGUUUUCUAUCGUUUGCUGGUUCUGCAUUCUGACUUCUAGCUUGCGACGUUCGAUGUUUUAUUUUGCGGCGAGGAGGCGACGACACGUUUAGACGAGAUGAAAAUGUGUGUUGGCUGUUUGAAGUAGAAGUUCUUUUCUUUGUCAUUAAUAAGGGGGCUGUCCAGUGGAUAGUGUGUAUAGGAAAGUGUUUGUCUUAAAUAUGCCAAUGUAGUUUUUUUCUUCUUUAUGAUGCAUUAAAAAAGUUGAUCGAUGGAAAAAGUUGGUAACAUGAUUCAAGAGUAGUCUCACUUUUUUGUACCGAGUUCUUACGAAAAAUGGAAUCAUUAAUAAACAAAAUCAAGAACA